CUUACUCGUGUAAUUGGUUUCUGCUGCAAAGCAUCUCGAAUAUUGAAAGAUUACCGAAGCUAAAUACUGAAGGUCAAGUGUGAACAUUGACUAUCUACUUCGUGGUGCUGUGCGGAAGCUGAUCAUAAAAUAAGCGGCUGCUAUUGUUUCCUACGUUAGGAUAGUCAACAUUUUCUAAAAGCCAUUUGCAAGGCUUUUCAAUGGAAAACACUGUAACUCUUUACAAGCAACUCAAAACGGAGUGGACCAAGUCUCCGAUUAAUCUUAAACUAUGCGGCACAAUUCUCGAUAAGCUCAAGGUGGCCCUGGCUGGAAUGGCUUACAUCCCCACAGGAAACACUGCUGCGAAUCAGCAGGAGUUACUCAUCGCUAGAGAUGUUCUAGAGAUUGGGGUAGAGUACAGCAUUGCCACCAAAAACAUCCCGGCUUUCGAGCGGUACAUUCUGCAGCUGAAGUGGUUCUACUAUGACUACAAUACUUUAAUAGGCGAAUCCAAGAACAAAUAUCAACUGCUGGGCCUGAAUUUGCUAUUUCUGUUGUCCCAGAAUCGCGUUGCUGAAUUCCACACCGAGUUAGAGCUGUUACCCGCGGACAUUAUUCAAACCAAUGCCUUCAUUCGGCAUCCACUGGCCUUGGAGCAGUAUUUGAUGGAGGGACGUUACAACAAAAUUUUCCAGGCGAAGGGCAACGUACCGGCCGAAAGCUACAAUUUCUUCAUUGACAUCCUGCUGCAGACCGUCCGUAAUGAAAUCGGUGCCUGUUUGGAAAGUUCGUACGAACGCGUCUCACUACAGGAAGCUGCCAAGCGGCUCAACCUCAAAACGAAGGAAGAAGUGAAGCAGUUCGGUGAAAAGAAGGGCUGGAAAAUGAGCACUGAUGGGUUCUACCACUUCGUGAAUGAGUUGGCCAAACCGAAGGAACCGAUUCCGUCGCAAGAACUGGCCGAACAGGCCAUCAUGUACGCGCGUGAAUUAGAAAUGAUCGUCUAAGCCGGUCUUCACCGUUUCUGAAUACAUCAUGCUUUCUUGGAACAAACGUGUGGAGCAACUGAUUCUGAUUAUGGUUGUUUCGAUUUUUGUUUACUAAUCGGAAUAAAUACUAAACU